AUGAUUUAUACAUUUGGUAUUGAAAUCUAUUUUCGAACAUGGAUUGAUUAUCGAAUUGAAUUUAUUCUGUUGAUAUUGUUGAUAGUUGAAUGUAGUUUUGAAUAUUAUUAUUUUAUCUCUUCUAAAUCUGUUUCUCGUCGAACUUGGUCUAUUAUGCAAAUUCUUGUAAUUAUUCAAAUAAUUCGUCUUAUUCGAGCAACUGAAUAUAUAAUAGUUAAUUUAAAUAUUCUUCUUGAACGUGUAGCUAAUCGUUAUGUAACACUAUCACUUGAAUUAUGUAAAGCAUAUAUAUUAAGUGAAGACGAAGUACUUUCAAAACUGCAUCGUAUUAUUGAAAUUGAUCGAAUUCGAGAACAUUUUCAUAAAGAUUCAAUAAGACGACGAGAUGAAAUUAUUGAUGAAUUAACUUUUAUUCAAAGUGAACAUCCAAAUGUAUCAGCAAGUGUUAAAACACGUACAGCUAUUCAAAAACUACUUAACUAUUCAAAAAAUAUAGUUCAUCAUAUGAUGAAUAAAGGAUUAUUAGGAGAAAAUGAAGCUGAUCGAAUUACAGAGAAUAUUAAUAAACGUCUGCAUACAGAACUUGUUCCAUCUGUUUUAUUCUUUCCUAUCCCAUUCAAUUUUUUACAUGUAUUUCCAUGGCUUCAUGAUCCUGAUGUACUUGAAUAUGUAUUGAGUCGUCUUCAUGUUAAAUCAUUUUCAUUAAAUGAAUAUAUUUAUAAAGUAAAUAAUGAUUCUCAAGCAUUAUUUUUUAUUACAGCUGGUUAUGUUGAGACAAUAAGGAAUAUGCCAAAAUAUCAUAAUGCUUUAUCAAUUGAAAAAUUUCAUAAAAAUAAAGAAAAUAAUUCAAAUGAAGAUAUACAAUCAAAAAAAGAUUCAUAUUCUUUUAAUCAAAGAUCAAAUUAUUUUCAAAAACAAUCUUAUGAAAUUAAUUCAAUAGAUGAAUCUCAAACUAAUCAUCAUCUUUGUCAUCAAUGUUAUGUUGAUGUUCAAAAAAUAGAUAUUAUUGAUAAGAAUACUUUAUUAAAUGAAGAUUUAUUUCAAUGGUCUGAUGAUGAUUUCGAACAAAAACAUUUAUUCGUUGAUAAUACGAAACAUUUAUUAAAUGUUAAUGGAAGUAUUCUUUCUCAGCUUAAUAUCAAUGAUUCUAUACUCGAUUUUUUUCCAACUAAAGAAUCAACUAUUGCUUAUCGAUUGUUACAUGCACCAGGCGAUAUUAUUGGUCAUAUUGAUUUACUUAAUGGACAAAAACAUACAGAAACAUGUAAAUGUAUUACCAAUACUCUCGUUUGGUAUUUAAAAUCAAAUGAUCUGAUUGUUCUUAUUGAACGUUUUAAUCAUUUACGGAUCUUAGAAAAAAUAUGGCAUUAUACUGCAUUACAAUUAGCUGAAACUGUUUUAUAUGAAUAUUUGAAUACAGUGUCAUACAAUGCAACAGAACAAGAACGUUUUCAGAUUUAUGGUCAUUUAAAACGUGCAUUUCUUGUACCUGAAUCAUAUUUAGUUGAACAUAAAAUAAUCUAUUCAUCACAUGAACUUAUUCUCGUACAAGGUCAAUUACAAAAUAUGAUUUCAUCAUUGAUUUAUACUGGCCCAUGUUUUAUUCAAAUCGAAUUUGGUCAAUGUGGUCUUAAACCAUUAAAUAUAAAUGAAACAAAAAUACUCGUUCUUCGAAAUUCUCAUUAUCAUCAUACACUUUAUGAUGAAUUUGUUUUACCACAUGAUUUACCGGGUUUAUUAACACAUGUCAUUUAUGAUGAAAAAUUAGGCAUUCUUUUACCUCGUAUUAGCAUUAAAUAUGAACAUAUUGUCACACAAUCUAAUAUUGAUGAAUCAUCAAAAGAAAUGAUCAAGAAAACAUUGUUAGGUCGAUUUUUAGAAAGUCUACCAAAAUUUCAACGACGUAUUAUGAAUUCAUAA